CGCCGGUAUAAAACAGAAGCGCCAGGUUCAGACAAAAGUCUACGUAAAGAGGAUUUGGUUGGUGAGGAGCGCGAGGAGAGCAUCCAGAAAUGAAUAGAUACGCUAGAACCCACAUGACCUCACCCAUGUACUUCCCUGGCAUGGGUACAGCCCCUUGCUUCAAGGUGACUGUGUUUGAGCGGGAGUAUUUCCAGGGCAAGUGUAUGGAGUUCACCUCCGAGUGCUGCAACAUCCACGAAUGUGGCAUGGACAACAUCCGCUCCAUCCGAGUGGAGAGUGGAGCUUGGGUGGGUUACGAGCACCAUGACUUCCAGGGCCAGCAGUUCAUCCUGGAGAGAGGCGAGUACCCCAACUGGGACGCCUACAGCGGCUCCCUGUCCUACCACACCGAGCGCUUCAUGUCCUUCCGCCCCAUCUACUGCGCCUCUCACCAAAGCAGCCGUAUGAUGAUCUUCGAGAGGGAGAACUUCAUGGGCCGCUGCAGCGAGCUGUGCGACGACUACCCCUCCCUGCAGGCCAUGGGCUGGUUCAGGCCUGAGGUGGGCUCCAUGCACGUGCAGUGCGGAGCCUUUGUGUGCUACGAGUACCCGGGCUACAGAGGCCAGCAGUACAUCAUGGAGUGUGAAAGACACAGCGGAGACUACCAGCACUGGAAGAACUGGGGCUCCCACUGCCAGACCCCAAAGAUCCAGUCCAUCAGACGCAUCAGGCACUGAGAAGAAACGGAUGAGGACGGGCAACAGUGUCGGCUCAGGCUAACACCUGGGCGCUGUGCUUUAGGGGCCUGACUAUGAGCCAAAGAGCCUGAACUUUGGUUUGGUUCUGAGUUUAAGGCUUCAUUUACAACACAAACCAUCAGUGACGUAGCAGCUACCUCUUUAUCCCAGCUCAUAUUCCUAUUUCUGUUCAUACUCAUUUUGUCUUAGUACAAGUGAAAUAAAGUUCAGAUUGAGAAGCGGA